GACCAGUUUUGUAUCAAUCUUCCCAACCUAAUUGCAGCAUUCAUUUUUCCAUUGUCUAUGCAUACCCAUCUCUCAAGGCCCUCCCUUGAACCAGCUUUAUUUUUCUGCUUGUUCUCUCAUUAAUGCGUUAAAUAACAUCUUUGAUGCAUACUCACAAUGUUUUUGUGUGAUGGUCUUGUUUUUAACUUUUAAAAAAUUAUACGGUGAAAACAGAUAGUAAAUAAAGUCCAGGGAUGGUAAUGUUGAUAGAAAUAGGACAGAUGAGGGCAGAAAAAAUAACACCAAUACUCAAUAAAUGCUUAUUCCAAUGAAAGCAAAUUGGGGAAUUAGUCUGCCACCAGUGGCUGGGAAGUGGGACAUUGGAUGUCCCACUACCUGUUUGACUUUAGUACCAAGAUACCAUUUCCAAGUGAUGAUGAAGUUAUGCUGAGCCUGCCCACUUCAUCACUUGGUGUGUCAUCUGAUAAUACACCAUCACCUGGGAUUCUGUGGCCAGUCAUUGGGUCUUCGUAGAACCUAUGAAUAAGCCAAAAGCUAAUUUUCAGAACAAGAGGUCAUGACUUUUUAUAAAACUCAGGGUGCAUGCCUCCUAUUGAGGUUUACCAGAGGUCCAUAGACAACCGCUAGGAAUGCCAGUUCUUAUUAAAGAUUUCGCUGUGCUGCUUAUGGCUAAUCCUUGAGCCAAUUACUUAAGUACCGAGGUUCAGUCUAUCCAUUAAAUGGGAAUAGUAGCUCCCCUGAGUAUACUUGUGAGGGUCAAGGAUUUUACGUUCUUCUACUGUUUGAAGCCGGUCAGCGUUUCCAAGUUCAGCAUUGGAGAGCCUUCACCUACUACACACCAGGUUCUUAAAACUUCACCAAAGCACUACCAAGGCCCGCCCUUCCUGCACCGCCCAGUGAUGACGUCACCGACCGAGAUCUCUAAUGACAUCAUCUCCGGGUCGGCUCUACUCCGCUCCAUCCUCCCAUUCUCCGGAAGCCUACAACUCCAGCACACGUGCCUCCGGCUUUAGGAACUAUGGAGGCCGCGCCCGGGACCCCCCCGCCGCCGCCAUCAGAGUCGCCGCCGCCGCCAUCGCCGCCGCCGCCAUCAACGCCUUCGCCUCCUCCGUGUUCCCCCGACGCCUGCCCGGCCACCCCGCACCUCCUCCACCACCGCCUCCCGCUCCCUGACGACAGGGAAGAUGGCGAGUUGGAAGAAGGUGAACUGGAAGACGAUGGGGCCGAGGAGGCCCAGGACACAUCCGGAGGGCCCGAGAGGAGCCGGAAAGAAAAGGGGGAGAAGCACCACAGUGAUUCAGACGAGGAGAAGUCUCACAGGAGGCUGAAGCGGAAGCGGAAGAAAGAGCGGGAGAAGGAGAAGAGGAGGUCGAAGAAGAGGAGGAAAUCCAAGCACAAGCGCCAUGCUUCUUCCAGCGAUGACUUCUCUGACUUUUCUGAUGACUCGGAUUUCAGCCCCAGUGAGAAGGGGCACCGCAAGUACAGAGAGUACAGCCCCCCGUAUGCUCCGUCUCACCCGCAGUACCCCCCGUCACACACCACGUCCCUGCCCAAGAAGUCCUACUCUAAGAUGGACAGCAAAGGCUACGGCAUGUAUGAAGACUACGAGAACGAGCAGUAUGGGGAGUACGAGGGCGACGAGGAGGAAGACAUGGGCAAGGAGGACUACGAUGACUUCACCAAAGAGCUGAACCAGUACCGGCGCGCCAAGGAGGGCAGCAGCCGGGGCCGAGGCAGCCGAGGCCGUGGCAGGGGCUACCGGGGCCGAGGAAGCCGUGGAGGGUCUCGAGGCCGAGGCAUGGGCAGGGGCAGCCGAGGCAGGGGCAGAGGCUCCAUGGGAGACCACCCAGAGGACGAAGACGACUUCUACGAGGACGAGAUGGAUUAUGGAGAAGGUGAGGAGCCAAUGGGCGAUGAGGAUUAUGAUGACUAUUCCAAGGAGCUGAACCAGUACCGCCGGUCCAAGGAUGGCCGAGGACGAGGAUUAAGUCGAGGCCGGGGUCGGGGUUCCCGAGGUCGAGGCAAAGGGAUGGGCCGGGGCCGCGGUCGAGGUGGCAGCCGAGGAGGGAUGAACAAGAGUGGAAUGAACGAUGACGAAGACUUCUAUGACGACGACAUGGGCGAUGGUGGUGGGAGUUACCGGAGGAGUGACCAUGACAAACCCCACCAGCAGUCCGACAAGAAAGGCAAAGUCAUCUGCAAAUACUUCGUGGAGGGGCGGUGCACAUGGGGAGACCACUGUAAUUUUAGCCACGACAUCGAGCUACCAAAAAAGCGAGAACUGUGCAAGUUUUACAUCACUGGAUUUUGUGCCAGAGCUGAGAACUGCCCCUAUAUGCAUGGUGAUUUUCCGUGUAAGUUGUACCAUACAACUGGGAACUGCAUCAAUGGUGACGACUGCAUGUUCUCCCAUGACCCUCUGACUGAGGAAACGAGAGAGCUCUUGGAUAAGAUGUUGGCUGAUGAUGCGGAAGCGGGUGCUGAGGACGAGAAGGAAGUCGAGGAAUUGAAGAAGCAGGGCAUCAACCCGCUGCCCAAACCGCCGCCCGGCGUGGGCCUCCUGCCCACCCCGCCUCGGCCCCCGGGCCCCCCCGCCCCAACCUCGCCAAACGGCAGACCCAUGCCAGGCGGACCCCCGCCCCCACCUCCACCCCCCCCUCCGCCCCCUGGGCCCCCCCAGAUGCCCAUGGCCGUGCAUGAGCCGCUGUCCCCACAGCAGCUGCAGCAGCAGCAGGACAUGUACAACAAGAAGAUCCCCUCCUUGUUUGAGAUUGUGGUGCGGCCCACGGGACAGCUGGCGGAGAAGCUGGGCGUGAGGUUCCCUGGACCCGGAGGACCUCCAGGACCAAUGGGCCCUGGGCCCAACAUGGGACCCCCAGGGCCCAUGGGCGGUCCGAUGCACCCCGACAUGCAUCCUGACAUGCACCCAGACAUGCAUCCCGACAUGCAUCCGGACAUGCACCCCGAUAUGCCGAUGGGCCCUGGCAUGAACCCUGGCCCGCCCAUGGGACCCGGCGGCCCCCCAAUGAUGCCCUACGGUCCUGGAGACUCUCCCCAUUCUGGAAUGAUGCCCCCCAUCCCGCCAGCCCAGAACUUCUAUGAAAACUUUUACCAGCAGCAGGAAGGCAUGGAGAUGGAGCCGGGACUCAUGGGGGACACAGAGGACUACGGGCACUACGAAGAGAUGCCAGGGGAGCCUGGGGAGCACCUCUUCCCCGAGCACCCUCUGGAGCCCGACAGCUUCUCUGAGGGAGGGCCCCCAGGCCGGCCGAAGCCGGGCGCCGGUGUCCCCGACUUCCUGCCCUCAGCCCAGAGGGCCCUGUACCUGAGGAUCCAGCAGAAGCAGCAGGAGGAGGAGGAAAGAGCGAGGAGGCUGGCUGAGAGCAGCAAGCAGGACCGGGAGAAUGAGGAAGGUGACACCGGAAACUGGUACUCAAGUGACGAGGAUGAGGGUGGGAGCAGUGUCACCUCCAUCCUGAAGACCCUGAGGCAGCAGACGUCCAGCCGACCCCAGGCUUCCGUUGGGGAGCUGAGCAGCAGUGGGCUGGGGGACCCCCGCCUCCAGAAGGGACACCCCACAGGAGGCCGACUGGCUGACCCUCGCCUUACCCGGGACCCCAGACUCACCCGCCAUGCUGAGGCUUCCAGUGCAUCGGGCCCAGGUGACACAGGGCCCUCCGACCCUCGGCUGGCUCGCUCCCUGCCCACCCCCAAGCCCGAAGGAGGCCUUCAUUCCAACCCCACAGGCCCCAGCGGCUCCAAGGGGUCUGGGCCACCCCCUGUGGAAGAGGAGGAAGGGGAGCGGGCCCUGCGGGAGAAGGCCGUGAACAUUCCCCUGGACCCCCUCCCCGGGCACCCGCUGCGGGACCCGCGAUCCCAGCUGCAGCAGUUCAGCCACAUCAAGAAGGAUGUGACCCUGAGCAAGCCAAGCUUCGCCCGCACUGUGCUCUGGAACCCGGAGGACCUGAUCCCCCUGCCCAUCCCCAAGCAGGACCUGGUGCCGCCCCUCCCCGCAGCCCUGCAGUCCAUGCCUGCCCUGGACCCCAGGCUGCAUCGGGCCAGCACCGCAGGGCCCUCCAACUCCCGGCAGCGCCCGGGCACCUCCACGGACCCAGGCACAUCUGGCUCCAGCCUGCCUGACUUUGAGCUCCUCUCGCGCAUCCUCAAGACUGUCAAUGCCACUGGCCCCUCGGCGGCCCCCAGCCCCAGCGACAAGCCCAGUGACCCCCGGGUGCGGAAGGCCCCCAGCGACCCUCGGCUGCAGAAGCCGGCAGACUCCGCUGCCGCCUCUCGCACUGCCAAGCCUGGCCCUGCCGAAGCAUCCUCUCCAGCCGCCAGCCCCAGUGGGGAGUCCUCCCCCCCAGCCACCGCCCCCUAUGACCCCCGCGUGCUGGCAGCCGGAGGGCUGGGCCAAGGCAGCGGGAGUGGGCAGAGCAGCGUGCUUAGUGGUAUCAGCCUCUAUGACCCCAGGACUCCCAACGCAGGUGGUAAAGCCGCAGAGCCAGCUGCUGACACGGGUGCCCAGCCAAAGGGCCCCGAGGGCAACGGCAAGAGCUCUGCUGCCAAGACCAAGGAGCCCCCGUUCGUCCGGAAGUCUGCCCUGGAACAGCCAGAAUCAGGGAAGUCCGGUGUGGACGGGGGCGCAGCCACGGCCACGGACAGAUACAACAGUUACAACCGGCCCCGGCCCAAGGCCGCAGCGGCCCCUGCCACCGCCGCGGUUGCCCCACCACCGGAGGGCACCCCGCCCCAGCCCGGCGUGCACAACCUGCCUGUGCCCACGCUCUUCGGGACCGUGAAACAGGCGCCCAAGACGGGCUCCGGAAGCCCGUUUGCUGGCAAUAGCCCGGCCCGCGAGGGCGAACAGGACGCGGGGUCCCUGAAAGAUGUUUUUAAAGGCUUCGACCCCACUGCCUCCCCCUUUUGCCAGUAGUGUUAAGUGGGCGUCGGGCGCUCCCUGCACCCCACCCUUCCCAGGGCAUAUUUAAGUGCAGCAACCAGAGGUGGGAACUUGGGGGUACGGGGCCGGGGUCUGGAUGUUUUUUUCUUUUUCCCUCUUUUUUUUUUCCUCUCUCUCUUUUUAAGUAGUACUUUCUGUUUGAAACAUAUAAAUUGUAUGUAACCAUCUUCAGUUCUGGUCAGUGCUGCGGGGCUCCCGGCUCCCGCGCCAAGAAAACCUACUUGUGCACAGGAACAGUUGCGAGUCCCCUGGGCCUCAGCCCCAGCAGGCACUCUGUCUGGCCGGCCCAAUUUGCAAGGACUCCUUGAGGGCUGGGGGUCUGGUGGGUUUUCUGGGUGCAGCUUGGUCCCUCCUCUCCCCCUCCACCCCCAGGACAAAGGGAACAGUAGGCAUUGAGAAGGCACUGAACGCUACUCACCCUUUUGCAUGAGAAGGUGAGGUAGAGCCAAGAUGGAAGGACCCUGCAGAAGCAGGUCCACACGUUUCUAGAACCCCGUCUGCAGUGCACAGGCUGCGAUGGCCCACGUCGGGGGGCGAUGGGAGUGGAAAAGUAUCAAAGAAAGAAAGGAAAAGAGCCCUUGGGAGCGGCCUGGGCUGGGAGAAACGAAGCCUUUCCUGUUGUCUCCUCUGGAUUCACACACAGGCCUCCCUACUCCGUCCAGAGUUCAGCCUUGACCCCACACCCUGCGGCCUGUGUCAGGAGACUCCAGGGUGAGAGAUGGACCUGGAGGCGCAGGGCUGGUGUGGGGCAGGUCCCCCAAACUGCCUCCAGGAGGCAGCCUCCGCAAACCGAGUGUUUUCCGUCAGUAUUAGCUCCUGCCGGGGUCGGUCCUGGUCCUCAGAAACCAGAGCGCCCAGUGUGCCGGCCCUGGCCCCUCCGGGGACAGCUCAAGGAUCCGUGGCUUGGCCACCCCACCAGGCUCCUGACAGAGGGAGCCCUCGGUGGUUCUUGGCAAAGUGUUCCUGUUCUCUGCUUUCCUCACCCCCCUUUGCACCCUAUUUUUAGGGCCCUUGGUUUUGAUGUGUUUGGUUUUCUAUUAAGCCAACAGGUACACAGGUUCAGAGACAUGUUGGACUUGUGGGUACUUCCAGAGAGUAGCCAGGGCAGGGUGAGGGCUGCUGGGCCCUCUCCAAGAGAGUGACCUGGACCCCUGCUGGGGGUGGGGGGUAUGCAACCCGAAGCCUGUGUCCUGCUCCCCUCACUCUGCUCCCCUCACUCGGCUGAGCCGGGAAGGGAGCAGAGACAUCUGCACCGGGCUGCCCCCUCCCACUAGGACCCCUGCUAAUGUCCAGCCCUGUCCUGAGCUCCAGAGUAGCCCACCCUGUGGCCAUGGCCUGGGGAGACUGGCCGAGGGAAAGGGUAAGGCCUGUGGCUCGGGGUCCUUCUCAGCCGCGUGCCAGUCCUUGCUGGCCUCCCCUGCCUUUGUGUGCUGCCGCUUCGCCCGCCUCGCUAAGGCCCUCGUCUCCCUUGCUGAUAAUGAGGAAACCUGGUGACCCAGCCAAAGGGUUCCCCUUCCCAGCUCCUUGGGGUGGGAGGUGAAUGAGGCUGCUGUACCAAAGCCCUCUGUCCGGGGGAAAAAGUUGUUGAGUUUGGGGCCAGAAGCAAGGGCAGGAAAGGCAGCCCCACAGGGUCAGUGCGCCGUGAUCAGGCUGGAUUGGUUUGUCUUUGUGUCCUUUUUGUUUUGUUUUGUUUAAACAAUCAUUAGUGAGAUUUUUCUUCAGCCACCAAGUGUUGGCCUUGAGCAGGAGGGCUGCAGCCCUUGGUGUUGUAAAAUAAGUAAGCAUACGCAGUGUGGCUGUUUUUGUUUUUUUUUUGGUUUUUUUUUCCCCCUCCUUUGAGAAUUUCUUUUGUAAAGCAAAAUGAAAUACUUUUUUAAAACCGAAAUUUUGGAUGAAAUGGACGCUGGAACCCUCCUCUUGGAUAUUCAGCCUAAGAACCUCAUGGACUAUGAAUUCACCCAAAAUUUUCAUUUGCCAUCAGGCUGAGCUUUUAAAGAAAAAUGUUCUCUAACCAGGAUUGUAACAAAAGUGUAAAUACUCCUUCAGAGUUGAAAGUUGAUGGUGCAAAUAUGUAUAUAACGUACUGUAUUUUUACAAUGAUUGUCGCAUGACUCUAUUCCACCCUUUUUUGUACUCUGUAUCUGUCUUCCAGAAAUGUCACCUGCCCUCUCUCCUGUGGUCUCUUAAUCCAAUAAUUGUAUUACUGCCAUUAAAGGAUGCAGUUAUUUUAAAAAGCUU